AUGACGCAGCAUACAACACCCGAUGUUGAUCGUGUACAUCAGAUGUCAAGUGACGAAUAUGAGGAAAGUGAACAAUGUGUAGAAAGUGAAAUAUCAAUCAACAAAAUUGGUGAUAAAAAUGUGUGCAUGGAAUUGUGUAAGGAAAUUACAAUCAUAGGAAAGACAGAGUUGAGAUGUAAAGCGCUCAUUGAUUCGGGUAGCAGCAAAUCCUUGGUUAAGCGGUCGAUUGCAGAGAAUUGUGGUUUAUGUGUCACUGCGUGUAAUGAAAAAUCACCCUCAGAACGUUCUCGGAAAGGCUGUUGCGGCCAAUGGUUUGCCGGACCCCCUCUUCGAGCCUUGAUUGCUGUCGUUGCUCUGGGCGGCGUAGCUUGCGCUUUGGGAGGCGCAGCAUUAGGUGCUACAGGCCUCGCAGGACCUCCCAGUUCGCACCUAACGGCUGCUCUUUUAAUGAUAGGUGUUGGGGUGGUACUAGUGACUGUAAGUGGAGCAGCAUGGCGAAUGACUGCACCUGGUGGGCCCCCGUGUCUGGGUUUGGGAUCUGCUGUUGAUUUGGGCCGUUGUGCCCGACGACCGUGUGGACGUAGUGGAGGUAACGCGCACGGUUUACUCUAUCCUGAAUUCCAGCAUAGGCCCCCACCACCGUCUUAUCAAGCCAGCAUGCAGGAAUACAGAUUGAGGCUAUUACUACUGGAUCGUGACAGACAAAAUGGUGUUGAUCGUGGAAACUCGCCGCCACCAACAUAUAGAUCAUAUGCUGGCAGUUUGCUGAGAGCACCAUUAACCACAACGCUACGAGCAAAUGGUGCAGCUGGCAGCAUAGCUGGGACGUCCGAGUACAGCCUCCCGCCGAGCUAUAGGUCACGAAACACUAAUCCAGCCAAGAUAUGUAGUGAACGCAGCGUGGGCACCACGCCAACAGACCAUCUGCUGCGCAAUGAAGAUAUCCCAGAACCAUCCAGUUCGGAGCAACUGCCCAAUAGCCACUCCGACUCAACAUUACGAUCACUGCCCGAAAGGCCAAUUAGGAGUAAUAGCGUAACAUUGGCGAAGGAUUUUCAACAUGUGCGAAAUCCACGGCCGAGUCAUUGCCGAGGAACGCCACCAUGCACCACAAAUAAACAAGAAGAAAGCAGGGCAAAUACUACGACGGAAGUAAACGCACAUUCACAGAAAGAAUUAGUUACCGUUGUUACGAUAUCCAAAAACGACAGUCAAGUGGAUGCGGAUAACGCACACAACGGAGAGCAUAUCGAAAUACUUGCACAUCUUUAAGUAUUUGUAUAUUAUUUUAUGCACAUCAUUCAGAGUGUAAUCCUUAGACAAAGUGAACGUACACAAAAUAUGAUUGCAUUUGAAUAAACUUCGUUUAAAGUUGUUUUGAUAAUCCAAUAUCCUGUACAGUUUUGUAAAUGUUUUUGUACAAACCCAGCCAGCAGGGAAACGUACUUUUUGCCGACAGUGCAGUUUUCGUACCUUUUUUCGUAUCCGGAAACGUUCAGAAAACGAUUUCCAUAUUUGUUCAUUUUUCGUAUCCGAAAAAUUUCAAAACAAUAAUUUUAAAAUAUUUGUUCAAACUGAGCAUUUGAAAACUUGUAUACGUAUUCGCCAGUUCGAAUUCCGUCAGAAGCAACACAUUAAAAUUAUUUAUUCAAAUUGAAAUAAUUGCAGAAUCUUAAAUUUGUUUUUGUUUGGUUUCCUGUAACUAUGAAAAAGUUUCUGUGUAGUUCAUAAUGAAAUCGUCUUCAACGAAAAAUUUACUCAGAAAAAGUUCAGGAAAACAGCCGGAAGCGCAUCCGUUUUACAACCAUUUUCGAUAGUUUUCUGCACAUACGUUUCGGAUGAACACUUUAGUGGGAGAACUGAUCUGAAAAGCGUCCGAAAACGGAAUCGGUAAACGGAUGAAACAUCAGGUUUUAAUACGAAAUUGUUUCCAUUUUUGGAUACGUUUCCGGAUAAUUUGCUGGCUGGGAACAUA